GAAAAAGGAUUUCUUUUUUUUCAGUGAAAAAAGGCAAGGAUUUUAUACAUUGCCAGUACUUGAGUUCUAUCCAACAUACGUGGAAAAGUGGAGAGCUCAGUAAAUUUAAAUUUGUAAUACAAGUACGUAUUUACGAAAGAGACAGGGAAAAUUCGAUGGAUUUUGUUUUGAGGGAACACGAGUGUAGGACGGACCUUUGGGUACUACUAGUACACUAGGCUUCGUUUGUUUGGGCUUCCAGAAGGGAAACGCGGCCCAUGGAGCCCAUAACAGAAGCAGGAGCUCUGCCCGAUAAAAUAAUAAGGGAAGCCGGACUGCCGGAGAAACAGAGUCUCAAUCCCAUCGUUCGAAAGAGAAAAAGCAAGGGGAAUCACUUUGGGGACCAAACCCUAAUCUCCCGACCUUGCCUCGGCGGCCAAGGAUCGUCGCGAUCCAUUGGAGCCUGCGAAGCGAGGAGCAAGUCGAUUCCCGCCGCCAUGAGCGUCCAGACGGUGCCGCUGGCCGAGGAGUUCUCUGCCCUCGCCGUCCAGAGCAGUAUCGAGGCCGAAGGCGGGGAGGCCGCCGUCGGGAGAGAACUCCGGGUCGAAGAAAUAGAGAAGAUCUACUUGGCCGUCGGGGCAGGGCUCAGGGUCGAAGAUAUAGAAGAGAUCAUAUACCUCGCUGUCGGGAGAGGGCUCAGGUUCGAGGAGGUAGAACAGAUCUUCUACCUCGCCGGGCGGAGCGGUCUCAAUGCCGCCGAGACGGACACGAUCCUCUUCCUCGCUGUCCGGAGUGGUCUGAAGGCCGAUGAGGCCCUCUCCCUCGCCUUCCGCACUGGGCUAAAAUCUGAGAAAGAGGUUUAUGCUCGCCUACUCGAGCAGCUACUGGCUUCUUUCGACUGCCGAAAAGGGGACCGCGAGCUGCAGGAGUGGCAGCGCCCCCCUUGUAUGUAUGAAUGGGAAGAGCAGAGAACAUCACAAGAACGUCGCCUUUUAUCUCUUCAAGAUGAAGUAUUCCGCUAAGAAAGCGCAAGUAUCGUGGUGGCAGAAGAAGCACGCCCGAUUCCCCCCUGAGCGACCAGGGUAUAAUAUAGCCGUGCGCGUGGCUCGCCUGGCGAUCAGUACAGACGGUGUUCAUCUUGAGCAGGCAGGGGAGGACGGGCAGCCUGGUGCCCUCUCCUAUCAUUUGGACUUGUCAUACAGAGGGCGGACGGAUCGCGGCGGAGAGGGCUUGUGUAUGCCUGCAUCAAUCAAGGAGGUUGCUGUUAUCAAGAGGUUGCCUGCCGGCGAUGGGCUUGCCAUUCUGUCCAAUCUGAGAGGACUUGGUGUUAAGCUUCAUGAUAUUCUCUUUGUGAUGCAAUGGGCUGGUACUGUCGCCUUGAGCUUCACCGGAAAGUCUUUUUAUGUCUCUUCCAAGUUUAUAGAGGAGCCACUGUAUGCCGCACAUGGUCUUAAUUUUAUCGACAUUACCUUCGCUGUGGAGAAUCUGGUGAGGAAGCUUUAUCAUCUUUACGAACAAGAGGAGCAAGACAAAAAUAUCAUGGAUGAGAAACAAGAUGAUCUGGAGAGCAAGGAACUCAUACUCCAAAGAGAGGAGCUGGAGAGGAAAAAACUUGAAGACCUGCAGAGAAGAAGGGCUGAGCGCAAGAAGAACAAAGUGCUAAGUACGGAAAUGAACAGGCAAUACACCACCCACCUCGACAAAUGAGCUGCUCAAAUGUGCAUGGAUUUUGUAAGUUUGUGACAGCACAAGUGUUUUAGAGUUUCUUUUGUGCUGUCUUCUGUCGCCCGUGCAGUCAUCGACAACCCCCUCCUUUGCUUGUAUAGGAAGAGUGUAAACGGAGAGUACAUGCGUGCGUGGAGCGUACUUUAUUGAUUAUACACAACUUGUGCGGCACACCGAGACUCCUUGAGGCAGAUUAGCCUAUGUUUACGAGUUUUUCCUUUGCAUUGUGUUGUGACCGUGUAUUGGGUUUUUCUGUUUUCAGUUUUCCUUGCUCCGGCAAGUUUUAUUGUCCCUCGAGCAUCUUCCUGGGAAUAUAUUUAAGCUGGGGAGACUCCCCUGGAGAUAAAAAAAAGAUCAGUUUCACUUCUAAA